GUUUGCGGCCGCUCGAGUUCGCCUCCUAAAACGGAAACCCCGGCCUUGUUCUCGGACUUUGGUUUUGGCCUCUGCGCCGCCGCUGCAAUGGCCACGGCCGCCGUCGUGACUCGACCCUUCGCCUCGGGCUCCUCCCGUGGCUUGUUUCGAGUUCUCUCCUCCAAGCCGACGCCUUCCGUCUUCACGCAGCAUCUCCACACUGGUGAUGACAAUGGUAACGAUAAAAGUAAUAGUUUCGAGAGUGCAGAUGAUUUUGAAAGGCGUUUAUUUGGUGAUAUAGACAAUAGUCCAAAUACUAAUUCCUUCUAUCGGAAGCUUGAUAAACUAGAAAAGGCUCAUGGGAGAUCCAAUGUUGGUUCCAAAAUGAAUGAUGGUGGUCAUUCACAAUUUCUAGGUGGUCUAGGUGAGAGUUUUGAUACACUGUCAGAUGGUAUGGAUGAGAAGCUGAAGAAAGCUGCUCGCACGUUUGUCUACAGUGAUGAGAUUCAUGAUGAAGAUUAUUCGUUCAGACCCGAUGUGAAAUUUUUACCUGGAAUGAAUUAUACUCCUAGGGAUCUUGAUCUGACAAGACCUGGGGUCCCGAAAAGUUUUAAAAGAACCGAGUUCCAAACCACUACAGAAGAGGUUUUAAGGAAAGCUGAUUUCAGGAAUGUGAGAUUCUUGUCCAACUUUAUUACUGAAGCUGGAAUUAUCAUCAAGAGACGCCAGACUCGUAUAAGUGCCAAAGCUCAGAGAAAGGUUGCGAGGGAGAUCAAAACUGCACGAGCUUUUGGGCUGAUGCCUUUCACUACCAUGGGCACGAAGCCAUUUGUAUUUGGGAGAAGCAUGAAGGACGAUGAUGAAGAUUAUGAAUUUGGUGCAUAUAAUGCUCGUAUGGCUGGUGCUACUGCCGAGCCACAUGAAGAAGGCUGAUUUGGUUCAAGUUAAAUUUAUUUAGCAGCCACAGCGUGGGCAUUUUAAAGGAGAGACUGGUUUACGGUAGCCAUAUUGGUUAUCUUUCGUAGACGCUACUCUGUAUGGUCGUGGGCAUGCACACCUUGAAAGCUGUAUGCACUUACAAGUUACAAGUGCAAGGUGUUUAGAAUGUGGGCCCUCGUUAUUAUUUAAAUGAUUACUACUAUAAUCUUUUCUCUAACUUUUGUAACUAGGUGUUUCAGUGAGAUCUUCAAUAAUAAUCUUGUGAAAGUAGUUUAUCUCAA